AUGUUCCACGACUUUAUCGGCAAUACUGCAGCCAAUGGAUUCUCAACGAUAGACUCCAUCUUUGCAAAGGACGAGACAUCAUGUGAUGUGAAUACAGACUCCAGCUCAUAUUGGUUCCCCUCGCUAAAGAUCAAGGGCUACCUUAUCCGUCCAAGCUACGCCAAGAUCUACUACCAGGCCAACAACUCGGCCGAGUUCCCCGUGACCAACAUGCCCAAGGGUCUACAACUGAUCGCUGGAAGCCCGAAAUCCAACUCGACCACCGGUCCCUCGCGCGGCGUCUCUUACGCCUGCUCCUCGUCAACCUGGUCGCGUGUUCCCCUCAAGACCUGCCUGCACUCGGUCAAUCAGACUUUCUCACAGAUGAACAUCAACCUCGUGUUCCCCAACUGCUGGGACGGCUUCACCAUCAGACCCAACUUCACGUACAAGAACGCCGUGUACGAGGACCCCGACGUCGAGGGCAAGUGUCCACCCGAGUACCCCCACCGCAUCGCGCGUCUCAACAUGCACAUCGCCUACUACUUCAACGAGACCGACCUGAGCGAUGCCCAGCUGUCGCUCAACCCUACUAUGGACGCCAACGGCACCUGGUCCUACCCAUGGGCCGACCUCUUCUCGGCGCACGGCGACUUCUUCAAUGGCUGGCACGAGGAGUCGAUGAAGUUCAUGACUGAUGAAUGUUUGAAUGGCAAUGUGCUGUGCGGCAAUGAUCUCCCUCGUGUGUAUGGUCCCGUUGACACCACAUACACGUCCACCCUUGGUGCCAAGAAGGUCACAGGCGACAUCCUCAAGGUGACCAACAGCAGUGCGAUGUUCAUCAAGCUGACCAUCCCCGAGCGCAGCAAGACCACCAGCUGGUCGUUUGUCGGCCUCCAGGUGUACAGCCAGAACAACAAUGAGAACGCCUCGGCCACCUUUGUCAACUCGUACACCACUACCGCCGACGUCUUUAACAGCGACAACCCAACCUGUCUGUACAAGUCGAGGAGUGGAGCCAUCUACUUGGACGGUAAGCCCGGCUACCGUUCAAUCAACAUCACUCAGCUGGUAGUGAACGCUACUGCUGCCGGUCAGAAGGAGUUGUACCUUUGUUUGAGGGGACCAGAUGGAGUGAACGAAUAUUCUAUCCAAUCCACUACAAGCAAUCUGGCGCCACGUCUAAUGUUCAUGGAUCCAGGCAGAGACGUCAAGGAGGCACCAUUGCCAGGAAAUGUGCCAAUCUUAUAUGUCCCACCAUCCCAGCCACCACCUCCAUUGACAACCACAACUACCACUACCACUGGUCCAAGUUCUGGAACUCAACUCACUCCAUCAAUCAUUAUUCUUGCCAUGUUGUUAUUGUUGGUACAAAUCAUGUUCUAA